CCCCCACCACCUCGCUGUGAGAUUGGGCGUCUUUGAGAUAGAAAGAGUCAUACUUUCUUGUUCAUGAACAAAGACCUGACAACUGGGUUUCGAUUAUAAUUUGGAGUAGUUACUUGACAUGGAAGCUCGUAUGGACUUCUUGGAUCGGCUUGGCUCCUACCUGUCUUCGGAGAUUCUAAUGUAUUUGGAUGAUCCAUCUGAUCUUUUCCAUGUUAGUCGCGUCUCACGGGCUUGGCGACAUUUGGUAAUUGAAAAUGGUCUUUGGAAGCAGUUAUGCUUGAGAAUGUUUCCUCAGUUAUCUAGAGUUGCUCGUGUUAUUGAAUUGAACAAUGGCAGCGGUGAAGAGCCUAUGGAAGUCGGAUGUAGCUAUCAAAUGGAAUGGGAAUCUUUGGAAAGGGAUGAUAGGGUCUAUGCUCUUUUAGCUCAAUAUUGUACAUCAUUUCUUGAUGGGAAUUGCGUUUCAGAAGCAAUUAGUGCAUCUAGCACUGAUAAUUAUCCAGAGGAAAGCGUUGAAAAUACUCUGCAACCAGCGGAUAUUGUUGAACGGAGGGCUUCGUACUGGUCGAGUAAAGGACAAAGAAAUCCUGCGGUACCUGAGACACUAAUAUUCAAGUUGGCCAGUGAGUUGUGUGUUAUUAGUGAGAUCCAUAUACGCCCUUUCCAAGCUUACUUUCAAUUUGGUUUACCUAUAUAUUCGGCCAAAUUUGUACGAUUUCGAAUGGGCCAUCCCAGAAGCCUUGCGGAUGUAGCGUGUGAUCUCCCUGGUGACUCUUUGCCUGGUUCUGCUGAUGACAAGUUCGUAUGGACCUACUCUUCACAAGAAUUUCCAAUGCAUCAGGAAUGUCAGUUGCAGACAUUCAAGCUUCCAGAACCUGUUCUUUGUGUUGGUGGAAUUUUGCAGAUUGAGUUGCUGGGUAGAGUUCAGAGACAAGAAAUGGAUGGCCUAUUCUAUAUAUGCAUAUCUCAUGUUCAAGUUGUGGGGCGGUCCUUAUCGCCAGCAUUUGGUGUAGAAAUUCUUGAACCAUCUGGGAAGUUUGUCUUGAAGAAUGACUUGAAGCACAAGUUUCAUACCCACCCAAGCUUACCUAAGGAAGAGCCUGGCGAAAUCUAUGCUGAUCACUUGCAGAGACGUCUCAUGGAUUUGGAGCGUAUUGUGAAUCUGUUGCAGGGAAAUGUGGUAGAAGAUCUUGAUGAAUAUGAAUUUGGUGAAGAGAACAACGAAGCCUUGGAAGCAGAUCAUCUCUGAGUUUGUCAUAUAUUGUAUCUACUUAAUCGCAACCUCCAAAA